AUGGAUCACCUCAUCGUUGUCGGGGCGUGCUAUGUCGACACGGUCUUGAGCGUCCCUCACUUCCCAGAAGAGGACUCGAAAUUACGAGCCACCAACCUGCGCGUCCGCCGGGGAGGCAAUUGCCCCAACACGUUGGAAGUCCUCCAGCAGCUCCUCGUCAGUGACUUGCCCGUGUCCUCAUCUCCGACGUCCCUGCAAAUGCAUCUAGUCUCCCCUUUGCCUGAGCGCCAGUCGCAGGCAACGGCGCAGAUCAUUGCCUCACUCCGCUCGACAGCCGGUGGUGCAUCACGGACGGAGGACGGAACGCCCGCGAUCGACUUCGACCACUGCCUAUUCCGCGAGGGCCACCAGGCGCCGGCGAGUAGUUACGUCAUCCGCAGCGAGGCAACUGGCAGCCGCACCAUUGUCAACCACAACGAGCUCCCCGAGAUGACGGUGCCGGAGUUUCGACGUGUCGCCGAGGCCUUCCAGGGUCUCGGGCGGACGUGGUGGCAUUUCGAGGGCCGGACACCAGAGACGACUCUAGAGUGCAUUCGCCUGCUGAGGCAGGUGCUGGACGACGUGACCGUUAGCGUCGAAGUCGAGAAGCCCGGGCGGCCGGGGCUGCGAGGGCUUGCCGCCGAGGCGGAAGUGGUCUUCUACUCCAAGAGUUGGGCCGAGGAUUGCGGCUACACCUCUGCUGAAGGCUGCCUGAGAGGCGAAAGCCUACCGCGAGCAUGGUUGGCCAUGAGCACCUGGGGUUCCGAGGGAGCGGCGUGCCUGACCCUCAAAGACCAACAACUGUUCGUAAGCCCGGUGCAGACGCCGGUCACACAAGUCGUCGACUCUGUGGGAGCGGGAGACACGUUUGUCGCGGGCAUGCUCUACGGCCUGAUUUGCCAGACCGACACUUGGGACACGGCCGACAAGCUGGACUUCGCCGUGCAGCUGGCCACGCUCAAGGUCCAGCGAGAGGGGUUUGACGAACUGGGAGAUGAGAUGGUGCGUCGCGCUGGUGGUGGGCCGCCGUAA